CAGAUACUAUUCUUCUUCUUCUUCCCCUUGCCUUUGUUUCAUUUCAUAGAAAGUCCUCAAAUAUCUUUAUUAAAACCCAAUCUUUCUAGCUAUUUUUGUUCUUCUUUCAGUUCAAGCAAAUUAAGGAGCUCGCGAAUUCCUCCUCAACAUUCUAAGAUGUUCUCUCCUCGACUUGUUUUCGCUUCAAUAUUCAUUGCCAUUUGCCUCUCAAUUUUUGCACUUGGAGCUACACCUCCGAAUGGUGAAGUGGAAGCUUUGAAAAGCAUAGUGGAAACGUUGGGGAAGAGAGACUGGAACUUUGAUGUUCCAUGUAGUCAAGACAACAAUUGGGAAGAGAAAGUAGGUAGCAGCCCCUUUUAUGCUAAUAAUGUCACCUGUGAUUGCUCCUUCUCUAAUAACACUACCUGCCAUGUGGUCAGCAUACUAUUCAAAUCACAAAAUCUUUCAGGUACUCUCCCAACAGAACUAGCCAUGCUCCCUUUCCUCAAAGAAAUUGACCUCACUCGCAACUAUCUCAAUGGCGCCAUUCCCCCACAAUGGGGAUCUAUGCAAUUGACACACAUUUCCCUUCUUGGAAAUCGUUUAACAGGUUCAAUCCCAGAAGAGCUAGCAAGCUUAAGCAAUCUUACCAGCUUAGUCCUUGAGCACAAUAACUUUGCAGGGAAUUUGCCUCCAGCGCUUGGGAAUCUACCCAAAAUUGAGAGAAUGUUUCUUAAUUCCAACAAUUUUACAGGAGAACUGCCUUCUACAUUUGCAAGGCUUACUGCAUUGACGGACUUUCGGAUUGGAGACAACAACUUCACAGGAAAGAUUCCUGACUUCAUCCAAAACUGGGUUCAGCUUAAAACAUUAUAUAUUCAGGCAAGUGGUUUGAGUGGGCCAAUUCCUUCAGCUAUUGGUGCUUUGCAAAAUUUAACUAAAUUGGUAAUUAGUGACUUGAAUGGAGCUGAAGGACCUCUUCCACCACUUGAUAAUUUCACUAAGUUGGAAAUACUAGUUCUGAGAAGUUGCAAACUCAUUGGAGACCUACCUAAUUCUCUUAGGGAAUUGACAGCUUUAAAGAAAUUAGAUCUCAGCUUUAAUAGACUCAGUGGAGUAAUUCCACCCACACUUGAUGUUCUUGGCAAUCGCCUGAAACACUUGUAUUUAACUGGAAACGUUUUUACUGGACCAAUCCCUGAUUGGAUAUUGGAAAGACAAAAACCAGUGGAUGUUUCAUAUAACAAUUUCACAAGCACAAGCGAUGCAAAUUGUGGAAAUGGGGAAAUUUUGAACCUAUUUGCAAGCAUUUCAAGGGGAAAGAACUCAGGAAUCGUUUCAUGUUUGGGAAUCACUCAAUGUCAACAAACUUCGCACUUUCUGCAUAUAAACUGUGGAGGGAAACAAAUACCUGUUAGUAAUACCACAUAUGAAGGUGAUUCAACAGAAGCUAGUCCUUUAAGAUUUUUCAAAGGUGGAAAUAAUUGGGCAUUUAGCAGCACUGGUUACUUUGAGGAUGAUGCUGAACAGCCAAACCAGCAAAACGACAAGUUAAUUAUUGAAAAUACACAACUUUCUAUGCGUGAUCAUGAACUGUACACGACUGCUCGACUUUCACCUAUCUCUUUGACUUACUAUGCAUUCUGUCUGGUGAAUGGAACUUACAAUGUAAGCCUCCAUUUUGCGGAGAUACGGUUCACUGGUGGUCAAAACUUUAGCAGCUUAGGAAGGCGGAUAUUUGAUGUUUACAUUCAGGGCAAGCAGGAGCUGAAGGAUUUCAAUAUUGAGGAUGAAGCAGGUGGGGUUGGCAAGCCAAUCAUUAAAAAUUUUACUGCAGAUGUGAAUGAUAGUACUCUGGAGAUCCGUUUCUACUGGGCUGGAAAAGGAACAACUUCUAUUCCAGAGAAAGGAGUUUAUGGUCCUCUUGUCUCAGCUAUCUCUGUUUUUAAUCCUGGUUAUAAACCACCACCACCACCGUCAGAAAAUGGGGGUAGUAGUACUGUCAUCUCUGCAGGUGUGGUGGUAGGAAUUGUGGCUGGAGCAGCAUUUGCCAUCUUCCUGAUUGGGGGUAUCCUUUGGUGGAAUGGCUGUUUAAGACAGAAGAGUACCUUGGAACGAGAUCUAAAAGGUCUAGAGUUGCACACCAGUUCCUUUGCCUUAAGGCAAAUUAAAGCUGCCACAAACAACUUUGAUGCUGCUAAUAAGAUUGGAGAAGGUGGUUUCGGUCCUGUUUACAAGGGCACUCUGGCAGAUGGCACAGCAAUUGCUGUUAAGCAGCUAUCUGCUAGAUCAAAGCAAGGAAAUCGUGAGUUUGUGACUGAGAUUGGAAUGAUUUCAGCUCUACAACAUCCUAAUCUGGUGAAGCUGCAUGGAUGUUGCAUCGAAGGAAAUCAAUUGAUGCUUAUAUACGAGUACUUGGAAAACAACAGCCUUGCUCGUGCAUUGUUUGGCCCAGAAGAAUUUCAGUUGAAAUUAGACUGGAGAACAAGGCGGAAGAUAUGCAUUGGUAUAGCAAGAGGUUUAGCUUAUCUCCAUGAAGAAUCAAGGUUGAAGAUUGUCCAUAGAGACAUUAAGGCCACCAAUGUGUUGCUUGAUAAGAAUCUAAACCCCAAAAUAUCUGACUUUGGUCUGGCCAAGCUUGAUGAAGAGGAUAACACCCACAUAAGCACCCGAAUUGCCGGAACUAUGGGCUACAUGGCACCUGAAUAUGCAUUGCGUGGUCAUUUAACUGAUAAAGCAGAUGUAUAUAGUUUUGGGAUCGUGGCCCUUGAAAUUGUUAGUGGCAGGUGCAACACUCAAAACCGGUUAAAGCAAGAAUCUUUCUAUAUCCUUGAUUGGGCUCAAAUUUUGAAGGAGAAAGGGAGCUUGUUGGAUUUAGUCGAUCCAAGGAUAGGCUCUAAUUGCAACAUUGAAGAGGUGAUGGUAAUGAUCAAUGUGGCUCUCCUAUGCACUAAUCAAACUGCUGCAUCAAGGCCUUCCAUGUCUUCUGUGGUGAGCAUGCUUGAAGGAAGGGAUGCAGUUCCGGAGUUCGUUGCAGAUUCAAGUAUUUCUACUGAUGAGUUUAUCACUGCAAUGAAGUUGUAUCAGCAAAUUGAAGAAAAUGAAACAGAUAACAGUCGGACAAUGAGUGGCCCGCUAGCAAAUGUGCCAUCAACUUCUUCUACUUCUGCUGCUGAUCUCUAUCCAAUCAGUUUGACUUCCAGUUAUUGGCAGAACAGAGAUUCAACAAAUUAAAAAAAAAAAGUGUCAUGAUUAGCUAUCAGAAUACCUUAAAGGAAAGGUACAACGAAUAUUUUUCUUGUGUGAAGUGAUUAAGUUGAAUGUGCAUUUGCAAAGAUUAGCUAGUGUGAAGUGAUAAUUUUAUAUAUAUCAACAGAUCGAAAAUACUUAAAAACAAUUUGUUAUUGAUGGAAGCUGUUUGUCCUUUCAGACAAUAAUCCAAAUCUAUGAUUCCUUGUCCUCA